GCUGCUCUUACAACAACCACAGCUAACCCUACAACCACAGCGGCUCUGACAACAGCUGCUCUGACAACAACCACAGCUGCCCCUACAACAACAGCUGCUCUGACG